CUCUCCUCCAACCUCACUCACCUCUUCCUCAACCCCUCACAAAACCACAAACCCCGCCAAAAUGGUCUACACCAUCGUUGUCCACAUGCGCGCCAAGCCCGACGAGGAGAGCAUCAACAAGCUGCACGCCAAGCUCCUCGAGGCCUCGGCCGUCUACUCCAAGGACAAGGAGACGCUCUCCUGGUUCGUCAUGCAGAGCGUGCACGACAAGCAGGACUUCUGCAUCGUCGAGCGCUACCUCAACGAGGGCUCCCAGAAGUACCACCUCGAGAACCCCUACUGGAAGACCUUCGACCCCUACGUCAUCCCCCUGCUCGAGAAGGAGAUGGAUCUCCGUCGCUUCGAGGAGUUGGUGCCCGGGGAGGAGCAGAAGCAGUAAAUUUUCGGCUUUUUCUUGAUUCUCAAAUAAAAGGGGUGGAUCGUGGGGAUGCCACUGUCUUGUACAUAUAACAGCAGUUUGGGGGAAGAAUUUAGUUGCGUCGGGCCCUCUGGAGGGAUUUCCGGUGCGGGAAUAUAUGUUUUCAC